GUUUUCGUCCAUCGUCCUCGAAUGCAAUGGGACCACUAGUGGUCCUCCUCCUCAUCCUCCUCGCCGUAUCCCUUCCAUUACUGAAAAAACUUGCAGAAGGAAACAGAGCCGGGAAGAAGCUGCCUCCAGGUCCAUGGAGGCUCCCCAUCAUCGGCAACCUCCACCAGGUGGGUUCGAUGCCUCACCGCUCCUUCCUCCGCCUCUCCCAAAAGCACGGCCCCCUCAUGUUUCUCUAUCUCGGCUCCAUCCCAACCCUAGUCGUCUCCUCCGCCGACGCACUCAAAUCCAUCUUUAAAUCCCAUGACAUCAUCUUCUCCGGCAGGCCGGCAUCGAAGGCCGGAACUCUGUACUCCUUCAACAACUCCAACAUCUCUUUCGCCCAGUACGGCGAGAACUGGAGACAAGCGCGCAAGCUCUCCAUGCUCGAGCUUCUGAGCCCUAGGCGAGUGCGAUCUUUUCAAAUCGUCAGAGAGCAGGAAGUAGCUAAUCUCUCCGCUGCCAUUACAGAGCUAUCAUCUAAAUCAUCCUUAAUCAACCUGAGCGAGAUGAUUUCUGCCCUUUCUUACAACGUCCUGUGCCGAGUGGUGUUCGGAGAUAAGCUCGGAGGAGGCGCUGGAGUGUACCGAGGACAGAGGAGCUUGUCUCACGGAGUCAUGGCGGAGACGCAGAAUCUCUUGGUUGGAUUCUUUGCCGCGGAUUUCUUUCCAGCAGGGGAUUGGAUUGAUGGGAUUACUGGCCAGCGGGCGAAGUUGGAGAAAAACUUCGGGCAGCUGAAUAUGUUUUGGGAGAGGGUGAUUGAGAAGCAUCUGAAGAGUGGGUCGGAGAAGGCGGUGGAUGAUGUCUCUGAUAGAGAGGAUUUGGUGGAUGUUUUACUCCGGUUGCGCCGGGAAGCAACGGAUGGUGGUUUUCUCAGCACCAUGAAUCAUGUCAAGGGGAUCAUGGCAGACCUGUUCUUUGCCGGAACUGAUACAUCCUCAGCAACAAUAAUUUGGACGAUGACAGAACUGAUGAAGAAUCCAAGAGUAAUGACUAAGUUGCAGCAAGAGCUACAAACCGCCAUCAUCAACAACAACAAGGUUGAAGAAAGCGAGCUCCAACGGUUAGAAUACCUCAAGCUUGUCAUCAAAGAAUCACUAAGAAUGCACCCUCCGGCUCCGCUUCUAGUUCCUCGUGAAACCCUAGAUUCAUGCGUUAUUGAAGGCUACGACAUUCCGGCCAAGACCCGAGUUUUCAUCAACGCCACGGCCAUUUCCAUUGAUCCAAAAGCUUGGAAGAACCCUAAUGAGUUUUGGCCUGAGAGAUUCGCUUUACGUGGCACAGAUUUGAGAGAGCAAGACUUCAAUUACGUGCCUUUUGGUGUUGGUCGUAGGAGUUGUCCGGGGAUUGAUUUUGCUGCAGUUCUUGUGGAGCUGGUUUUGGCUAAUCUCUUGCAUUGUUUUGAAUGGAGUUUGCCUGACGGAAUGAGACCCGAAGAUAUUGAUAUGGGGGAGGCAAGUGGCCUUACAAUGCAUAAGAAAGUGCCUCUUUGUAUGGUUGCUAAACCAAUGAUGUGAUGUAUUGUUGUAUUUGGAAAAGCAUGCAUGGAUGAUGAUGAUGAUGGUGAUGUUUUGUGCUUGUAAGUGAGAUUGAAAUGUAUGUGUGGGUAUAUAUCAACUUGUCCUUUUAGCAAGGCUUUGUAUUCCAUCUCCGACUUAGCAAUAAUAAACUCUCAUCUUUUCAGUGA